UGCAAAACUUUGUCAUUUUCUCAUUUACCUGACUUGUUUAAGUCAAACACACACAUGGGUUUAUCAGGUUCCUCUCACUCCAAGGUAAAGCAAGCACGAAUUCUUAUACUGGGCUUGGAUGAUGCCGGAAAAUCUACUGUGCUAUAUAAAUUUAAGUUUAAGGAGCCUUUUAUAACUAUACCAACUGUGGGCUUUAAUGUGGAGAUGAUUCACACAGAGAAGCACUUGCAGUUAACCAUGUGGGAUGUUGGAGGACAGCAGAAACUCAGAUCCUUUUGGUGCCAUUACUUUGAAAACACAGAUGGACUUGUGUAUGUGGUAGACAGUAAUGACUCUAAACAUCUGAAUGAAUCCAAGAAAGAGUUUCAACAUGUCCUUCAGAAUGAGCUGAUUAAAAAUGUUCCUGUGGUUCUGCUGGCAAACAAACAGGACCUCCCUGGAGCACUGAAUGCUGAGGAGAUAACACGGAAGUUUAAUAUGAAGAGAUAUUGCUCUGACCGUGACUGGUACGUACAGCCUUGCUGUGCACUCACAGGACAAGGACUGGCAGAGGGACUUAGUAAGGUGACGGAGUUUGUGAAGAACUGUAUGAAGUCAAAGGAAGAGUCCUUAACAUGUUCUAAGCAGAAUGUCCGACUCAAGACGUCCCGGAAAGUCUGAUCCUGGCUCUGGCAAGUUUGCAACAGACACUAUAAGCAAGCACCUU